CUUAUUUUGCAUUUUCCGCUUCCGGUUUGAGAGAUGGCUCGUGUUUGUGCAAUCGUAAUUCUAUUCAGUGAAGUAUAUGCUUUUACAGUCCCAGUAGUCGCCAGUUUCUUUAAAUGAUAUACGUCGUUUUUACAAUUAUGGCACUCUAAGUUCAGGAAACGAAUGUCGCAGUGAAUAGCUGCUACAACAUAUCUACGACAAUUUGCUCAAUGAUCUUGGCAGUUGGGAGUUGAGGACUAGUCUUGGUGACUGUGAUAAAAUAUUGACAUAUUUAUUGAAUAUUGUUGUACAUAUAGACCUGUAAGUGAUUAAAAAUACUUAUAUCUGUGAUAUUUGCUACGGCGACUAACUAUUAUUGGAUAAGAAGAUAGUAGAUAGAUAGUGUAACUUAAAUAAAGACUCCUCUCCAGAAACAAUUGCCAAGAAUUGGACAAAAAUAUAAUGUCCAAGGCAACAAAGAGAAAACACGUGACAAAGGAAGUGCUGGAGGAAUAUGUUCUUCCACAGAAAGAUCAACAAAUUGUCAAGGUGGUUGCUGGUCGUGGUAAUAACCUUCAUGAAGUAGAAACUCCACAUGGUGAACAGUUUCUUGUCAGCAUGCCAACAAAGUUUCGCAAAAAUGUAUGGAUAAAAAGAGGUGAUUUUGUACUGAUUGAGCCAAUAGAGGAAGGAGACAAGGUGAAAGCUGAAAUCCAGGCAAUCCUGUUCAAGGAUCAGAUAAAGUACAUAAAGGAUGAAAGGUUAUGGCCACCAGAGUUUGAUGAGCAGGAGAAAAAUAAAGAUGAUUUCAUUCCAAGUGAGCUUUUGCCUCCAAGUGAUGAUGAUUCUGAGAAUGAAUUGAAUCCUGAAAUAACUGUCAAUCUGAAUCGCAUGAACUUAAACCAUGAGGAUAGUGAAGAGGAAACCACAGAGGAAGAAGAUGAAGAAGAAGACUUACCUGAAAGUUAAACGGAGCAUUUAUUUCUUCAUUAUGCAGGAAGCAUUAAAAAAAUAAAACAAUUGCUGAUGCCCAAAUAAUAAACCUUGUUUGCAAAAAGGCAUUAUGGGCAUGUUUUGCAUUCAGGUAGUUUUUGGAGUGGAUUUGGGUUAUGAAGUACACCACAUCUCAGCUAACUUUGCUCUUCUUUUAAGAGAAAAUCUCAGUUUGUGCCAACUCAUUGUCAUAGAGUAUGAAAUGGUGAACUGGCAGAAAACAUGUUAAAGAUUAACCUUAAACAAGCCAUGGUAAGUGAUUGGUUGACCACCCAAUCAGAUAAUUUUGUUUCUCCAUAUUCCAUGAUUUAAGAUAUUCAGAAUGUAGUGAUCUUAUGGUUGAGACACUUAAAACAAAGCUGUAUGAAUGUUAGUUUUAAUACUGACUUUGUCUGUGGUGUAACUGCAAAUUGGUAAUUGGUGCUGAUUGGUUACUUGAGAUGAAAACAUUUGGCGCUAUAGUCACUGUUUGGUUUCACUGAGAUAAAAGCUAUCAAAGGCCAUUUGCUGACAGUCUGGUGUAUUAUUAUAGGAAGAGAUAGUGUAAUUUUCAGUUUUGCAGAAUGUUCUUGAAAUAUUUUAUUUUGCAUUUUCUUUUGUUCUUCUGGUAUUAAGAAAAUAAUGAGAUUAAAUACUAAUCUGACAUUUUCAUUGGCGCCAGUUGCAAAUCGUGCAAAUAUUUGAAUAAAUAUUGAAAUACA